CUUACAAGUAGAGGGUCAGAUACAGACAUUUCUUGCUCAGCAGAACUGCUGUUGUCGACUCCUGUGAACUUUGAAUGAAUUCUUGUCAGCACUCUUGUCAUUGAUCAAUGGAGAAUACAUCUCACACGUCCCCACUGGAUAACACCUCAAUCUGGUCUCUACCAACAUUCCCCUCCUCUGUCCUCUGCCCCACCGCAGCCACCCUCUUCCUCCUCCCCUUCCUCUACAGUCUCCUCUUCCUCACCGGUCUCCCAGGAAAUGCCAUGUCUUUGUGGGUGUUCCUGCGGUGCAUCUCCAACAAAACCUCCACCCACGUCUAUCUGUCCAACCUGAGUUUGUCCAACCUGCUGCUGUCCUUCACUACGCCCUUUCUCGCCGCCUACUACGCCCAGGGCUCAGUGUGGUUGCAGAGCAGCUUCAUGUGUCAACUUGUCCUGCACAGCGUCACGCCGUUGCUCCACAUCAACAUCUACAUUGGCGUCACCAUACUGACUUGGGUGGCCCUCAGCCGCUUUGCCACCAUCAUCCAGCAUACGCACGCCGCCAGGCAGAGCGCCUGCACCACCCUGCUGCCCGCUUCCUUCUUUGCCUGCCUCAGGAAAGCCUCCAUCGCUUACAGGGUGUGUGCCGCAGUGUGGGUGUUGGCGGUGGGGUGUAUUGUGCCUGUGACAGUGUACUACUCGGUGAAGGAAGCCGCAAGGGGCAAUGAGGUGGUGGCAGGCGAGCAUGGAGGGGAUGAGAAAGGACAAGGUGUGAAAGAAGACGUGGUGUGCUACAACCCAGCUGUGGAGAUAGGAGGUGGUCUGUCCACAGCUUCCUGUGUUCCCGCCAUAACCAUCUUCUUCAUAUGUUUCCUGCUGGUGCUGCUGUCCUAUGUCACAGUGUUACGCCAUAUCAGGCGCUCAAGCCGCAGCACAAACAUUGCCACCUCUCACAGCCUGCUGGGAAGAGUGAUCCGUAACAUACUGGUCAUCCAGGUGGUUCUUGCAGUGUGCCUACUGCCACACCAUGUCUUCAAACCCAUCUUCAUUUCUCUGGUCCUUCAACAACUGGCCCAUCCAGGUCACAGCUCACCUGCACCUGACCGCUCUGACUCCUGUCAUCCAUUUUCCUCCCUUGUUGAGGUGAAGAAUUGCCUGCUCUUCCUGGCUGCAUUACGGGGCUCAACUGACCCUGUGGUGUACUUCCUGUUGGACAAGACUUUCCGCAGCCACACCCUGAGUCUCUUUGGCCGCCACUCAAACACCUGUAGCAGCAGCGAGUCAUCUGUCUCAAAGAUGAGAAGAGCCAAUCGGAAGUCUGGACAGAUAGGAGCGGAAACUGAGACUCCUCCAGUAGACUUGAGUCAUGAGAGUGUUUUGUAGUCUGCAGUGUUUUGUUAUAACGGCAGCUUGAUAUAUGAAAGUUUAAAUAUGGCAGUCUGUGGGCUUGUGAAAUAGCAA